CAGAUUACGGAAAGUAUCACAAGAAAAUUAGCCUUGUUCAUGCACGGAGUAAUGUAAUACCAAGAUUAGUAGAUUACAGAAGAAUCCAAACAAAAUGACUGCCACUUACAAGUUGAUAAUGUUGAGUCUUGUUGUUGUGUUGAUGGGUCCUGGUGCUAUUGGAGGGGGAGAGGCGGAGCUGGAGCAAGCAGUACAAGAGUUUGAGGGAAAACAAAAAGAGAAUACUGGCCAACUGCUUGAGCAAAAACAACAGAGCCCAGAUAAGAACCCCCCAAUAUUAGAAGAUGAUUCCAUUAAAUCUCUUGAUGAUGAACCCGGAGACAGUGUUGCUGUCACUGGGUUUAAGUUUGGAUUCUUCCAUGCUUUCUUAGCGUCGAUCUCAGUCAUCAUAGUCUCUGAGAUUGGAGACAAGACCUUCUUUAUAGCGGCCAUAUUGGCCAUGACCAGCUCAAGACUGCUAGUGUUCACUGGUGCUUUAUCAGCUCUGGCCUUCAUGACCUUCCUCUCGGUUUGUUUAGGAUAUGCCACCGUCAUCAUACCAAGGUGGGUCACAUUUUACAUAUGUACGCUCCUACUGGUCAUAUUUGGAUUGAAGAUGCUCUAUGAAGGUUGGCACAUGAAACCUGACGAGGGACUGGAGGAGUUUGAGGAAGUAUCAGCGGAACUGAAGAGGAAAGAGGAACCAGCUGCUACAGAUCCAGAACAAGGAGUCUCCAUAACAACCAAACCUCCAUUCUACAGGAGACUCUACUUCUUGUCUUGUCUUCCUUCUAUCAUUCUAAAGUCUUUUGUGUUGACAUUUCUAGCUGAGUGGGGAGACAGAUCACAACUGACCACCAUUGUACUAUCAGCAAGAGAGGAUCCUUUUGGUGUCAUCAUUGGAGGGACCUUGGGUCACGCUCUUUGCACAGCCCUAGCUGUUUUAGGUGGUAAGAUAAUAGCACAGAGAAUAUCAGUUAGAACAGUAACAUUAAUUGGAGGCGUGGUCUUCCUAUUAUUUGCAGUCACUGCAUUUUUACAUAACCCGGAAUCUGAAGUCUCAUAGGGAUUUUUCAAAUUAUUUGAGUUGAUGUGAAAUUACUUGAUUUUAUUAUUAAUUUUAUAAACACCACAACCUCUUACUCCUUCUCUACUAGCACUCUCCCUCAUUACUUGACGUUGCCAUCCUUCAAUGACUUACUUUGUUCAUUAUUAUAUUGAUGAUAAUUCACACUUCUUUCAGACUUACAUAUAA